CGUUAAGCGAGUGCCAGCGGCGGGCUGAGGGGAGGCGGCCGGGGGCGCGCAGCAGGCGACAGCGGCAGCCGACUCUCUCGAGGGGCAGGAGCUGUCCAGUGACUGUCCAAACCCGGAGCCCUUGCGCAGCAGAGCAAGAGGUAAACGCCUCACGCCGCUGCCGAGGGCUGCAGGUGCCGGCCCUGUGGAACAAGGUCCCGUCCACCUAUCCUCCCUUCACACAGGCUAUGAAAGAAUGCCUAUAAUAUGAUUCCCAGACAAUACAGCGUGCGGUGACCUUGAGAUAUGGAUAUGGUGGAUGGGUACAGCUGGAUCAUCACUGCAAGGGACAGGCAAAGAUGAUGAAGGAUGGAAAGGUUUUUAGAGUUAUUCAAGAGAACUGCUGGGAUCCAGAAGUACGGAUUAAAGAGAUGGACCUAUCAGGAGUCACAGUCCAAGUUCUUUCCACAGUUCCUGUAAUGUUCAACUACUGGGCCAAACCUCAGGAUACCUUAGAUCUAGCCCAGAUAUUAAAUAAUGACUUAGCUGCUACAGUAAAAAAGUACCCCAAGAGGUUUAUUGGCUUGGGUACAUUACCUUUGCAAGCUCCAGACCUGGCUGUGAAGGAAAUGCAUCGUUGUGUAAAUGAACUUGGAUUUCCUGGAGUACAAAUAGGAUCUCAUGUCAAUGAAUGGGACCUGAAUGCACCAGAAUUGUACGACAUUUAUGCUGCUGCUGAACAAUUAAAUUGCUGUCUCUUUGUGCAUCCCUGGGACAUGCAGAUAGAUGGAAGGAUGUCCAAAUAUUGGUUUCCCUGGCUAAUAGGCAUGCCUGCAGAAACAACCAUAGCCAUUUGCUCCAUGAUUAUGGGAGGAAUUUUUGAAAAAUUUCCUAAACUGAAAGUUUGCUUUGCACAUGGAGGUGGAGCUUUUCCAUACACAGUGGGGCGAAUCUCCCAUGGAUUCAACAUGCGCCCUGAUUUGUGUGCAGUGGAUAAUAAGGUUGAUCCGAGAAAAUAUAUUGGUUCAUUUUACACAGACUCUCUUGUCCAUGAUCGUGAUGCACUAAGGCUGCUAACAAAUGUAAUAGGAGAGGACAAAGUUAUUUUGGGGACAGAUUACCCUUUUCCACUGGGGGAACUGGAACCUGGAAAAUUGAUUGAUUCAAUGGAUGAUUUUGACAAUAAACUGAAGGAUAAACUCAAGGCUGGAAAUGCUCUGGAAUUUUUGGGUCUUAGCAGAAAAAAAUUUGAAUAAUUUUAAAGAUAUUAAAGAGACCAAACUUAGGAAAUAAUGCUGUAUCCUUAGGGAUACUUCUACUUGCAUGUGCAAUUAUACAGAUGAAAAAUAAAUUUGACAAGUAU